GCGUGCAAUGUAUAUGAACACCAUUUUACUUCAAUCAAUACAGAAAAACUGAGCUGUUUUUGCAUAAUUAAACAAAUAAUCUCUAUAAUAAAGUCUAAUUAAUCCGUAUGCUAAUUUGAUGCAGGAAAAUACACAAUUCAUUAACUAGAGAAUUAAACUAUUUAUAUUUUGUGUUUUUAUAAACAUUUUACUGUGAAUUAUUUUAUCAUAUUUAAGUAAGAACAAGAUGUGAAAUUAAGCUGGCUUCAAGUCUACGUUUUAUCAACUGAAAUACAUAUUUCGUAUUUAAGAACAUUGUAUAAUCCUAUAUAUUUAUACAAUGCAUUAUUAUGACUGAGAUAGCGGUUGUAAGUUUAAUGGAUGUAAGCUCUCAAAGUUCCGUUGAGCAUGAAAGAAAAGUUGAGUGUAAGGAUGAAAACGCGUCAAUUACACCACAAAAUCAUCCUAAACGAAAAGUAGGUAAGAAGGCUGCAACAACACUUGGCAAAAGAGCAUUAAAGUCCACAGAAGAAAUAAAAGUCGCUACUCAACUAACAGUUAUUCCCAACAAUAUACAAACGACGACGAAGAAAAGGACUACAAAGUUUAAAGAUCCACCUGCUAGUCAAUUGCGCAUUGAUAGCUAUUUCAAAAGUUCUUCAAAAUCCUACAAAAUUGAGAUUUCUUCAGUAAAGUCGGAGAAGUCGAUUUUAACGGCGCGUGGAAGCAAAAUUGCUAAAACUUCCCAAAAAGUUGAUAGAGUCAGAAAUAAAAAAAUUAAAGGUCGAAAACGUUUAUUCAUAGUGGGAGACAAUUGUAGCUCCACAACUGUUUCACCACCGAGUGGUUUCUUGAAUAGUAUGCCAACUUCAAAAGGAACCGAUCUCAAACGCUCUACCUCUACAAAUGCCACUCGUAGUUCUAAUAAACCCACCAAAAGAAAAACAAAGCCAUAUUCACUAGAAGAAUUAAUAGAUUUGUGUUCUGAUGAAGACGGAGCUGCUGACUUAGUUACUAAGAAAGCAUUUGUUUCAUCCAGUGAACGAAAUAAGUCUGCUGUAAAGGAAAAGUUUGCCGAUGCAUAUGAGAUGAAUUGUUUAGUUAGUGAUUAUGCUAAUAAUGACUUGCACUUUGCAGCAAUGGUGUCUAUACCCAUACAGAAAACGAGCGCUAAAAACGCCUCAAGAGAUUUGAAAGAGAUGGUUUACCAUAGAGAUUCGCAUUCGUCAAGUUGUUCGACUAAUAAGAUAUUGUUGCAAAAAAAAGUAAAUACACCAAGUUCAAAGUGUAAUAACAGUAAUUUGGAUAUAAAAACAGAAGAAAACGUGAUAAUCAUCAACAAAGAGCGGACGUCUUCAAAGUCGUUAGUGAAAGCUAGUAUAGUUGCAUCUGAUAGAGUACAAGUUAAACAAGAACCAGAACUACUUGUUGCUUCAACGUCCUUAUCAAACCUGACCAAAGAAACCAACAAUAAGUUAAAUAACCUUAUAACUGGCGAAAAAAAUGAUUUACAAAUAACGCCAAUGGAGAAACCUUCCACUUCAAAAGGCAAAAGAGUUCGGAAAUUUCGCGUUUGUCCGCCCUAUAAAAAAGUAUCUGGUACUACUUUUGCGGUUGAUGCUUUCCAGUAUGGACAGAUAAGUGGCAUUACACACUAUUUUCUUACACAUUUCCAUGCGGACCAUUAUCAAGGUUUGACGCGCAAAUUCGAAAUGCCAUUGUAUGUGAGCCCGAUAACUGCGAAUUUGGUGCGCGCGUUUAUAUCAGUGGAAAAUAAAUAUAUAAACGAAAUAGAACUGAGAAAACCUUUAAUGAUUAAUGAUGUUGAAGUCACAGCAAUCGAUGCAAAUCAGUAUGUCACAUUCUUCAUGGAAUAUGAAAUAUCAAUAACUUUUCUUUUUUCGAUUAGCUGUCCGGGUGCUGUAAUGUUUAUAUUUAAACUAUCCACCGGUCGAUGUAUCAUACAUACUGGCGACUUUCGUGCCUCGCCUGACAUGGAGUCUGAUCCAAUAUUUUGGAAUAAUGACAUUGAUACAAUAUAUCUGGAUACCACAUAUAUAGCCCAUAAACACAAUUUUGCUUCACAGUAUGAAAGUAUCGACCGAGCUAAGCGUAUAAUACGAGAAUUCCACAAAAAGCGUCCAACAACACGUGUUUUGUAUGUUUGUGGCUCAUAUGUGAUUGGAAAAGAGCGUUUUUGGACUAACCUAGCGCAAGAGUUUAAUUUGAAAGUAUGGACAGAGAAGAAUCGAUUGAAAGCUCUGAAGUCAAUGGAUUUAGAUGAAGUGCGUGGUUUGCUCUGUGAUGAUCCAUAUAAAGCAGAAAUCCAUGUGAUAUCGAUUGCAAAAGUCAACUAUCAGUCGCUACUCGACUAUUUUCGGCCAUUUAAACAGCAAUACGAUGCUUUGCUGGCAUUUCGACCAUCCGGCUGGGAGAAGAACAGCAAACCACAACUGGGUGGUGAAAUAAAUAUCGUAAGCAUUGAAUACUCUGAACAUUCGAGUCAGGCGGAGUUGGAACGAUUUGUAACUUAUCUCAAGCCGCGUGAGGUAAUCAGUACAGUGCCCGUGAUACAGAGUAAUCCAUGCAUUACACCGAAGAUACCAGAGAAGUGGUACAAAUAUGAUAACCUUAAAAGUAGGCAACGCAACUUCCAGCCCUCCAUCACUAGUUUUUUAAAAAUUCGUCCUCGUCAGCUGGUACAAAACGCAUCUACCAAACGCAACUCAUAUUGUGUAACACCUACAAGAUCACCAGAUUACAUGCCCAACGAGUUAUCGCAACUAAGUGUAAGCGCCAUGGCAACUUGCAUAGAAGUGCAACGAGAUAAUAAGGAGGCGGCGACGUCACUGAAAGUACCGACGGUAGUUACACUAUUUCCUAGGUCAGAUGCUUUAGAGGAUUGGAUGUCGUAGUUAAAUGUGAGAUUUGUCUGAAUUCUGUUUUUGUCCGUUGUUUUCUCUACACUGUGGUACUGCUUUAAUACAAACUUUGUCAUAAGUUUAAGGUUUAAGUUAGCUUUACUUUUAUAUGAAUUUUUGUAUAAAAUUAAGAAAUAAAAGUUUACAAGAAUUAAAUCCAA